AUGAAGUGUCUUAUAAUACUUGAUCCAGAGAAUAGUGAAUGCUUAUAUGUCGAACAUAAGAAUGAUAGUAUAAUAGCACCACAAUUCCAGACCAUCAUCAACUUUAUCAAACAGACCAUCGGACAACGACCUCAAUUCAUCAAUGCCGGCAAGAUAAAGAUUGUCUUCCAAUAUAAUGAUAAUAUACAUAUAUCUUUAAAGAGUUCACCAAAGGUAGAGUUACUUUGGUUUGUGUUGGUGUCGGAUGAUGAUGAUUCCGAGAGUUUAUUGAGAGCAAGGCUGAAUCUACUCAAUAAUCUUUAUUCGAUGGUACUUGGCAAUACAUUGAUAGACAGGAGGAAUAAGAAACAGGUGGAUAUGCGAGCGCUCAGGAGAAAGAUGUCACAGAUAUCCGCGACGGUCAAUGCAAUAUUCGAUGAGUCGCAGUCGGUGCUGUGUCAGGCCUACGAGACAUUGGACCUCAAUGAAAAGAUCAGACAGCGUUGUAUCAAGGACAUCACCGACCUGAUGGAACUAUUCCCCAAGGCCGUCUAUGCCAUCGUCUACGUUGGUCAGAAGCUCGUCACCUUCCACUGCAAGAAGAAGCCACAUCUCCAAAACAUGGAUCUAUUCCUACUAUCACUCUAUGCUCAGAUCCAACUCAAACCAAGAGAGAGAUUCGUGUUUAAGAUGGAGGAGAGAGAGGUGAGCACACCAUUAUCGAUCGCCAAUGAGAUAUCUCAGUUUGAGAAUGUGUCACCGAGGAAUGAUCAUGGUAGUGUAGAUAGCAUCAGUUCCCCGAUACAGAUUGGCGAAGAUGGAUUGAGUGGCGAGGACGACUUUGAGACUGCUCCAGAGGACUUUGACGAGAAUACCAUAUCCCUGGCCAAGUCCAUCAUCUCAUUGUUGGAUGACAUUGGAGGUUCAUCAAUGAACAAGUCAAUGAAACAAAAGAUAUCAUCAGAGUUCUUGAAGGAUGGAGUCAAGCAGAGUAGCUCAAGUGAUGUUGUUACAUUGCUCAAUCAUUUCUUGUUGGCCGUUGGAUUCUUGGACGAGAGCGCGCCAAAGGACUUGUACACUACAAUGACAGAGGACGCCGUCAAGAGAUUCCAGCGCGACAAUGAGCUGUCAGAGACUGGCGAGGCCGAUCCCCAGACCACCAAGCAACUCGUCAUCAAGACACCGUAUCUACAUCGUAAGAAGUCCCAGCCACCUCCACCAUCAAUCGAUCUCAGUCAAUCAUUCAAGGACAUUAGUUUGGGUGGUGGAAAGAGACCAGAGGACAGCCACAGCAGCAGCAGCACGAGCAGCAGUAGCACAGCCAACAAUGCAAAGAACAAUAUCAACAACAACAACAACAAUGUUGAGGUCGACGACUACAAGCUAUCUAAGUCAACCUUUGAGAAGAUAUACAUCAGGAACACAACUGGCACUCCCUUGUUUGCCUACUGUGCCGAGGUCCAGAAGAACAGUUUCCUGAUCCUGCUCAACAAAGAGAUGCACAAGGAGGACGAGGAGAAGGAAUUGGCAUUCUUGGAGAAGUCCAAACAGAUACUUUAUGACAAGUUGUUCAAACAGUUGGGAGGCUUCUUGUUGACAAAGGAACUGAGCAACUUGGUGAUAUCUCGAUUCAAUCAUAUUCCAGGCUUGGUGCACUUUAUCUUGAUCGACCGAUCAUACCACCGCAUCAAGGCUCCCAACAUCACACCACUCAAUGGCAACAAGUACCAGACGGCCAACGUCAACAUGAAGGAGCUGAUCCGCAAGAAGGUGUGGUCAAUGUACAGUUACUGCUACCAUCAGUUGGUCAAGAAGAACUUCACCUACCAGAUUCUCAAGGACAAGGACUUCCAGUACAGCUACAAGCUGUGGAUGGAUGACGACGAGAGCCAAGAGGUGGAGCGCGAGGCCACCUCGCCCACCUCCGAGAAGAUCUACCUGGACAGCAUCAAGAAGUACUAUCCACAGCCGGUCAAGUGCAUGGAGUUGCUGACACUGUAUGUCGGCAUGAUCCCAAUGUCCCUCAUCUACAAGAAUGAUCGUGUGUUGUGGGCGCUACUAUUUGACAAGGAGUCGGCAGAGUAA